AGGAAAGAAAUGUAAAACAACGCGAGCCAAAUUAUUUUUUCCACAUUUUUGACAUCACAAUCCUGGUAGAUUAGAUAAAAAAAAAUCUUAUUUCGAUCUUAUGCAACCAUUCAAUGCGUGAUCAUCAAAAGAUAAAACACGAUUGCACUCGCUGAUUCCCUAUUAUUUUAAUUUGUUCAUCACCUUCUCAUCACAUCAUUUAGUAUUUUCACAAUAUAAUAUUCAUCUCUUGUAAAUUUAAAAGAAAUUAAAAUCUAGAGCACAAAAUGCGUAUCUGGACUAGUGAACAUAUUUUUGAACAUCAAUGGGAUACGGUCGUACAGGCAGUAUGGAGAAAAUAUCCUAAUCCUUUAAAUCCUUCAGUGAUUGGAAUUGAUAUUCUUGAUCGAUCAGUUUGUCCACAAACAUCUGUGAUGCAUACACAUCGAUUAAUAAGCUGUAAAUGGGGCCUUCCAGGUUGGGCUGAAAAAUUACUUGGUCGUAGUAAAACAUAUGCCAGUGAAUAUUCUGAGCUUGAUCCACGGGCAAAAAAUUUUACAUUAAAAUCAAAAAAUAUUUCAUUUUGUAACGAACUGUCCAUUAUUGAACAACUAACGUACAAACCUCAUCCGUCCAACCCGAACAAAACGUUAAUGACUCAAGAAACUGUAGUCGAAGUUCAUGGUAUUCCUUUAAGUAGCUAUCUAGAAGAUUUUGUUCAUAAAGAUAUAAUGAGAAAUGCCGCCAAAGGCCGACAAGCCAUGGAAUUGGUUAUUGGAAAAAUCAACGAAGAAGUUCAAGAUUUAGCGCACAAAACUGUAAAAAGUGUUGAUGAACUAGCAGGCAAUACAAAACGAGUGAUCGCCGAUGAUAUUGUCAAUCGAACCCAAACAAAUUCUCUAUCUUCAUAAAAUCAUAAUGGCUAUUUAUAUAUUAUUAUUAUAUAAUAAUAAUAAUUGUCGUUCUUCUAAA